AGACUCCUUUGUGCCCUCACUAUGCCAGCAGCAACUGUAGAUCAUAGCCAAAGAAUUUGUGAAGUUUGGGCUUGCAACUUGGAUGAAGAGAUGAAGAAAAUUCGUCAAGUUAUCCGAAAAUAUAAUUAUGUUGCUAUGGAUUUUGGUGUUGGGAAAAACCUUGUCUCAGAGAAGCAAUUGGAAAGUACAGGCAUUUUCCACUCUUUUAAACCAGUUCUUCAAGAAAUGUUUUAGCGUUGGAAUACUUUGAGCUUCUUUUCACCUAUCCUUUGGGAGAUACAAAUUUAUGAUUUUCCCCCCUUUCUUGGGUAUAGAGACACCGAAUUUCCGGGUGUAGUUGCAAGACCCAUUGGAGAAUUCAGAAGCAAUGCUGACUAUCAGUACCAACUACUGCGGUGUAAUGUAGACUUGUUAAAGAUAAUUCAGCUAGGACUGACAUUUAUGAAUGAACAAGGAGAAUACCCUCCAGGAACUUCAACAUGGCAGUUUAAUUUUAAAUUUAAUUUGACGGAGGACAUGUAUGCCCAGGACUCUAUAGAGCUGCUAACAACAUCUGGUAUCCAGUUUAAAAAACAUGAGGAAGAAGGAAUUGAGACCCAGUACUUCGCAGAACUUCUCAUGACUUCAGGAGUGGUCCUCUGUGAAGGGGUCAAAUGGUUGUCAUUUCAUAGCGGUUAUGACUUUGGCUAUUUAAUCAAAAUCCUGACCAACUCUAACUUGCCUGAAGAAGAACUUGACUUCUUUGAGAUCCUUAGAUUGUUUUUUCCUGUCAUUUAUGAUGUGAAGUACCUCAUGAAGAGCUGCAAAAAUCUCAAAGGUGGAUUACAGGAGGUGGCAGAACAGUUAGAGCUGGAACGGAUAGGACCACAACAUCAGGCAGGAUCUGAUUCAUUGCUCACAGGAAUGGCCUUUUUCAAAAUGAGAGAAAUGUUCUUUGAAGAUCAUAUUGAUGAUGCCAAAUAUUGUGGUCAUUUGUAUGGCCUUGGUUCUGGUUCAUCCUAUGUACAGAAUGGCACAGGGAAUGCAUAUGAAGAGGAAGCCAACAAGCAGUCAUGACAUGAAAUAGUCCUUUUAUUUUUAUUUCGAGCUACACACAUGCUUGUAUAUAGGUUUUAUCUCUGGUUGAAUCCCUUGAACAAUAGACAGUACCUUUCCCCUGCCCCUUUCGUGGCCCAUUUUAUUGUCUACCUUUCAGUACUAAGUAUGACCGUUCCUAUCUCAGAUCUUAAUAAAAAAAUGCAUUCAGGUUAAAUUUGGCCUUAAUAUACUUGUUAGCAAGCGUGUGUGACAGAGAGUGGGGAAAGCUACAUCACUGAAUAUUUUGAUAAACUUUACCUACUUGGGUUUAUUUUUUCCUUUUCCUAAAUUAACUAGCACUGACUGUAAUUUAUUUCCCUGUUUCAUGUCUCUCCCUUCCAUUCUGCAGGAGUUUUAGCUAUUUGAGAUUGUGGACCAUCAAUUUUGCACUUUAGAGAGUGAUUCUGACUCAAAACCUCUGUUUUAUCAGAAAUUUUGUUUUUUCUUCAUCUUAGCUGGAAAAAUGACCAUCUGCCAACUUUACACAGUAUUUACUUGGUUUUGACCCACAGACUGUAGCACAUUCAUUGUGCUGUCAGUUUAGCGAAACUAAAAAAGAUAAACUACUGAGGAGCUUAGUAACUGCUGUUUCUGUACGUAGUGUUUAAUCUUCCAAGCACAUCUAGUGUCUGUCAGUUUCUAAUUGGCAUGUGUAGGCUGCUCUGUGACUGAAGAAUUUUCAAACCAGCUUUACACCCUUCAGGAAGAAUCCCUUGUGAUUGGAUGUUUAGUAUCUGCCAGGAAAUUGGUACUCAAGAUGUUGAAGCUAGUUAUGAUAGCACACUUCCCUUGAUCUGCUUAUUUUUAUUCCGUCACUGUUUACCCUUUUUUUUAAAUUUUGUAGCCAUACUUAUGAUACUAUUGAUUUGUUGGUUACACAAAUCAAUUUUAUUAAAAUCCAAAGAUAAUAAGUCUUUAAGUAUAUUUUGUACCAAAUUAAAUUAGAAAACAAAAAUUGUGCUUGCUACAGAAGUAAAUAAUGGAGAGAUUUGGUACAAAACAACAAAAUAUAUAUAUAUAUAUAUAUAUAUAUAUAUAUGAGAAUAUAUAUAUAUAUAUAUAUAUAUAUAUAUAUCUAAUAAAAUUACCUGAGGAGUGUAAUGCUUGUUUAUUUUUUUGUGUAUAUCUUUGCAAUCUAUUUUAUAUAUAUUGACAAAAGAGACUGAAAUAUUUAGUCAUGCAGAAUAUGUGACCAGACCAGAGCAUGUGUAGCAAGACUUUUCAGUAAUCAUUAACUCUACCUUGAAAUGAUGGACUACGAGUUAUAAUGUGUGUUACCUACACUUACAAUCAGUAAUAUUAGCAAAUCUCCAAAUGUUACAUUGGUUUGUCUCCCUUGUACAUUCUUUAUUCAUGAUAUUACAGUGCUGUAACUGGGUGGUCCUUUUUAAACAAAACAUUAUUUGCAAAACAGAGGGUAUUAUUUGUUUUUAAACCUUUUGUAAAUAAAGGCUUCAAAAAUGUUUUCUUAUAAAUUUGAUGACUGGUGAUUUUGUUUUGGAAAUACACACUUUGUGGAUUUUUUUUUAUUUGGGCAACUCUUUCAGUAACUUCCUUCAUUAACCGUAGAUGAUUAUUAGUCCAUUAAUUGAAAAAUCAAUCUAACCUUUCUGCAUUUCAAAUAUUGGCUUAUUCUUGUUCUUUAUGAGUACCUCAACUAGCUAAUUAAGGACUGAUUUUUAUCUCUCCUUUCCAGGAAUGCAUUUAUUCUGAAGGAUAUACUUACCAAGUAAAUACAAUUGAUAUAACUGUGGCUUUAAAAAAAAAUCUAACACAGUGUAGCAAGUUUCUGGCUUUGUUUUGUCUUAGUUAAAAAUGAAGAUUCUUUUCACUUACGAUUUGCUAGUUUUUAUUGAGAAAAAUAACGUUUACAUUUUCUUCAACUAAUAUUUCAACUAUUCAUUGAGAAAUCAAUGCUGGAUUUGAAAUAGGAAUGAUAAAGAUUAUCUUUUUAGUAGCCACAUAAUUGCUCAUAACGUAGGUCAGUUCUGGCUUCUGUACCUAAAAAGUAUAGAUAGUCCCUAACUUACUAUCUUUCAACUUAAUGAUUUUUCAACUUUACAGUGGGUGUAUUGAGAGGUAACCCCAUCAAAAGUUUAGGAACUCCUUAGGACCUAUGAUGGGGUUACACAUUCUACUGAAUGUGUAUUGCUUUUGCACCAUUGCAAAGUCAAAAAUUUUAAGUUGAACCAUCGUAAAUUGGGGGACUGUAUGCUGCUGCCUGUGUUAAAUGCAUUUUGGUAUUUUUUCAGAUGUAACCUCAUUGUAAGUUGAGCACUUGUACAGUAUUUUGUAACUUCUGUAGAGGAACAUUAUGACUUACUGGGUCUAAAUUUUACUUUUUUAUUUUGUUCCAGAUAGGCCAAAUGUUUGUAGAGUCUAGGUUUUAGACAUAAAAUAUUUGGCUGAUAAUUUUUUUAGUGUUCCUGAGCCAUUAAUUACAGACUCAUAUCUUCUGUUAAAUCUACUAAAGCAAGCCAGAAUCAGCUUGUUGCUUGUUUUUAUAUGGCCCAUGAACUGAGAAUGGCUUUUUGUUUUAAAUCGUUGGGAAAAAUAAUCAAAAGAAUAUUUCCUGAUAUCUGAAAAUUACAUGAAAUUCAAAUUUUAGAGUCUAUAAGUUUUUAUUGGAGUGCAGCCACAGUCAUUUACAUAUUAUCUAUGGAUACAUUUUUGCUACAAUGGGAAAGAUGAGUAGCUGCUACAGAACCUGUUUAUGUCUGUCUCAUUGUUUCACAUUGCUGCUUGGCAAGCUACAGAAUCACAGUGAUGCAGGUAUGACCUGAAAGCAUUUGGAAUGCCCUGUAUAUUGCCACAUUUAUUACUUUUCCUACUACCAGGUCAUGCCCCGUAUCUCAGAACAAGGAAAGUACACUUUGAAUGUUAUGCAUUUAAGGCACACUGGAAUAUGGACUGUUUUAUUAUGUGGUGGUACAUUGUGUUUAUAAUGCAGUGACACCAUAACUGCUAAAAGAAUAGACUGACAGUAUCGGACUAACAUCAAAAUAUUCUCAAUUCAUGGGAAAGUAACAUAAGAAUUAGAAAAUUUGAAUGAAACAUCACAACAUAAUUUCACAAAAAUAAGAAAAAUGAGGCUGUAACUAAAAUGUUUAUAAGUGGUCAAGUUGUUAGCUGAGCAAAGAAAAGCAUUUACUAAUGCCGAGUUCUGUCAUGCUUGAAGAUAGUAACCAACCCAAAGAAAUGUGUCCAGGGAAGAUUAAGACAUCAGCCUUUUGAUGAGAAUAGUAGUUUGAAGAAUGAAGACUUUGGACACAGUAUCAGAUGACAUCGAGUGUUAUUAUUUAACUUCAGUGCUGCCUAGCUUCAUUUUUUGAGAAACCAUUGCUGGAUGUGAAGUGACUGUAGAAUUUGUAUGGAACUACAAGUGGGAAUAUUUUCAAAAAAAGUUGAGAGACAGUACAACCUGAAGUGGAAUCUACUAAGAUGUGAUGCAACUGAUGGUGUUUAAAAAAAAAAAAAAAAAAAAAAAAAUGCAUGAAGCAGAAAAAAGUUUAUUUGGUCAAAUUUAUAAAGCUUGUGAAAAUGUAAGUUGUUUAAAACCUAUAGCUGUUCACUUUAUUAUUCAUCAGCAAGUACUUUGCAGGAAAUAUUGGUGUUACUGAACUGGUCAACAGUGAACCUCACUUUUGUGAGAAACAGAAGCUGAAUAUUCUGAUUAGAUUUACCACACAGGCAUUCAUUGGCUUAGCAGUGCUAAAGAUUUAUUUUGAUUAUUUUGGGCUCACAUUGAUAUUUUUCUGAAUGAGAAGAACUGUCCUCAACCACUGUUUUUUUAACUGAGUGACUUUGGAAAUUAACUUUUGCCACAGACUUACGAAAUAUUUCUUAAUAAAUUUCACCGAACAACAUGAUAUACUACAGUAAACUCAUUUCAAUAAAAACUAAAAUUUCAAUCAUAAGAUUGUCAAGCUGCUUUAUAUACUUCCUGUGCUAUCAAAAGUCAAAACAGCACUCUAUUGCCACAUCCAUUUUUAGUGGUUAUAUUUUCCUAUAGCAGUUUUUUGGACCUUGAUGCAGUGCAAAGAAAAUUCUUAAAUUUUAAAAGCAUUUAACUGCAAUUGAAGAGUUUCCUUUUAAUCUUCUGUUGGAAAUGAAUCAUCUUGAAUGAAUGACACGCUAAAGGGCAAAUACCAAAAUGAUGACUCCUACAGUUGCCUUACAAGUGAUGAAUAUGCUUAAGUAAAAUCACAGGCUCAUGGGUGUGUCAGUGUUUAACCUCAAACUAUUUGUGUGAAAAGACACUUGUGAAGAUGAAAUAUGUGAAAUCUCAUUACAGAUCAGCAUUAACAGAUUAACAUUUUCAAUUGAUUCUGAUGAGGGAAUACCAGCUUUCAGCCCAAAAUGACCAAAAUGUUACCUCCAAAAAACACCUUUUCCCCAUUAGUAGACUUCUAUUACUAUCAAAAAUUGUACUUGAUGUUUUGAGUUUUCAAUUUUUAGAAUAAAAAUUUUGUGAAAAAUUUUGAGUACGUAAGUAGUGUCUUUCAUCUUAGCUUGCAAAGCCUCUAUUUGCUACCUGCCCCCGCCCCCCACCUUUAAAAAAAAAAAGACUUGUCUACCUCUAGAAGAAACUCAAGGGUCUGUAUCUCUGUAUCUGUCCUGUUUGCCAUUUCAUCUGCAUUGCCAUAGGCAGUGGCUCCUCUAGGUAGACAAUUCGAGGUGGAAUCAAAUUAUGAAUGUAUAUGUUGUGUCAUGUCUGUAAAAUAAAUGUGUUAGAAUUUACAAUUUCUUAGGAAAAACACUGAUUAUUCUGUGUGCAGGUACUUUGUAGUGAGGACCAGUUCAUACAUGCCAUUUGCUAUGUUGGUGUAAUUUGUAUCAGAGUUUCAUUCAUACCAAUGUUCCCUUUCAUUUUUCUAUUAAGACAUUAUAGAAAUGUUGAACUGUACACAUCUAAGUCCUGCAUAAUUUUCAUUUCAGGUUUUAAAAGUUAAAAAAAGCAUAGAGUGAAAAUUCCAAGAAAACCAGAUUCAUGUACAUUCUCACUAGACAAUUUCCAUUUGUUCCAGCUUGUAUUAUAGUUUUCCAUUGCAUUAGUCGGUUGCAUCUAAUGUUUAGUAUAAAAGCAAUUGAGCUUUCUCUUUAGAAGUCCAUUUCAUUGCUUUGUAGCCAUAAUCUGUAGUUGAAUAAACCAAGCUACCUUUCUCCAAAAUCACUCAUUUUCUUUUUAAAGAUAAACUGGUAAAUACUCUUCUUUCUGUUAGGCAGGAAUUUUUUGUACAUGAGACGUGUUCAUGAAUAUAAUCUGCCCUCUUGCUUUAUUGUCAUAGGAGGGGAAAUUAACUGCUUUCACACACUUCUGUUGGGGCUGUUUCUCUCAAAAGAUAAGAAUCUUUAUUCAAUACCAUACCAAGAAAUUGGAGUUCCUUUAGCUUCAGACUUAAUAUCAUCAUGGCUUCUAAACUGUUAGGAAGCGCAAGUUUGAAGAUCCAAGGGUACUUAAUAUUUUAUAUCAUAUUAGCCAUACCAUAGGUUUUAAAUGUUUUUGAUGGGGACCUGUUUCACUCAUGCCAUAUACCUGUUUUGUUUUUCUAAAAAAUUAAUACUAUAAGUUGUUAGCAGGUGUUGUAUCGCUGCAAAGCCCAUGUAUAAAGAAUAAAAACCUGUUCUUGAGUUA